AUGGCGACCGAUUUUGAAGCGGCCAUAACAAAAGCUGUAGACGAAGGAGUUGUAGCUGGAGCUGCUGUCUUUGCUGUUGGCAAGAAUGGUGACACUUUGUACGCUAAGGCCUUUGGAAACCGAGUCCUGGGAGAUAGUUCCAAGCCAAUGGGUCUUGACUCCGUAGGUUGGCUCGCAUCAACGUCGAAGAUCAGUACUUCUGUAGCAGCGCUGCAAGCCGUUGAGCGUGGCUUGUUGACUCUUGACGAGCCUAUCAGCAAGGUUCUGUCCGAGUGGUCGAACCCGGACCUCCUGACAGGGUUUGAUGACAGCGGAAAGCCGGUCCUCAAGAAAGCAACCAAACAGAUUACUCUGAGGCACCUGUUGUCUCACUCGUCGGGAUUAUCGUAUUCUUUCAUGAGCCCACUAAUGGCACAAUAUUACCAGGCAACGGGUAAGAAAACGAACAAUCCGCGAGGGUAUAUCAAAGACGACCUGGUUGAACCACUUGUGUAUGAGCCUGGUGAUGGCUGGGAGUACAGUACCGGGAUUGACUGGGCUGGGAAGGCGGUCGAGCGCGUCAAUGGGGAUGUCAGAUUGGGUGAAUAUCUCCAAAAGAAUGUCUUCGAUCCCGUGGGGGUCAAGGAUACCUCUUUUGACAUUGCAGAUCCCGCAACUCAGGACAGGCGUCUUGGACAUACUUUCCGCGCGACUCCAGAUGGGAAAGCGGAAGCGAAUACUCCCGAUCUGGGAAUGUAUUUGACCAAGCAGCCUUUGGACGACUAUGGUGGUGCGGGUCUGCACAGCUCUGCGGAACAGUACAUCAAGAUCCUGAGAUCACUGUUGGUCGAUGAUGGCGUUUUGUUGAAACCAGAAACCGCGCGUGAGCUGUUCAACCCACAGCUCCCAGACGGGAAAUAUAUCGCAGAGAAGAUGAACAACCCUCAAUCUGCAGCAUUCUUAGCACCCAGCUAUGGCUCAGAACUGAAGUGGAACCACGGCCUAGGAGGAGCUGUGGCAUCCGAAGGUGUUGAAGGACGGUUAGGCCCAGGGGCAUUGCAAUGGGCGGGCCUUCCUAACAAUUACUGGUGGAUUGAUCGCGAGAGGGGCACCGCUGGAGUUUAUAUCGAUGAGCUUUAUCCACCUGCUGAUGCUCUGACUCAACAACUUUUUGCUCAGUUCCAGAAGGAUGUUUACAAAUUAGCUGGAGCAGCAUAG